AUGGGUCUCGACUACUGGCUUGUCCACUUGACCUGGACAGUUCCGCCCGCAACCUUACUCUCAGUGGCAUAUUGGCCUUUCUUGACGAGACUUGAGAUCUUCAAGAUACUUUUCUUGAUCACCAUUGCCGUUUUCUCCACCAUACCAUGGGACUCAUAUUUGAUACGCAACCGCAUCUGGUCUUAUCCAGCGGACGCAGUUGUCGGACUCACAAUAUUUGAUAUUCCCGUGGAGGAGGUAUUUUUCUUUGUCAUCCAGACUUACUGCACGAGCUUGCUUUAUGUUAUACUCACUAAGCAUCUGGUGCUUCCGGCUUAUUUGCUCCCAAGGUCGGGUGAUUUCACGAAAACCGCUAGACCCAUAAUGUUUUUGGCUGGAAUUGGUAUCGGCGUGAUGUUCAUCUCGAAUCAUCUGACCUAUCUCCGGCUCAUAUUACUAUGGGCCCUUCCUGUGUUGACCCUUCAAUUGAUACUUUGUGGCGACUUUCUACUCGCUUUACCGAAAAGACCUAUCCUUGCGUCCAUUUUAUUGCCUACCUUCUAUCUAUGGAUAGUGGACUUUUUCUCGCUUCAACGCGGCACAUGGGUGAUUGCACCCGAAACUAAGGUGGACAUUCGGUUUGGGGGUUCACUGGACUUGGAGGAGGCGAUCUUCUUUCUUGUCAGCAACAUGCUGGUCGUCUUCGGCCUAGUGACAGUGGACCACGCCAUUGCGAUACAGGAGCACGACACAAUGAUUUCCAGCCAGGACGAACCCCAUUCUCCCUCAUUCACCCGAAUUGCCUGGUUGUAUAUCACCAGUCAAACGAGCCCUUAUGACGUUUCCUUCCUCGAAGGAUUGUCUGCAGCCAUCAACAAAUUGGCCCAAAAGAGUCAGAGCAUGUACCUUGGCAGCGCAAUGUUCCAGGAUAGGCUCCGUAUCGAUCUCAUUCUCCUGUACUCGUUUUGCCGGGUGAUUGACGACUUGGUAGACGAAGCCCCUGACCGUGAAACAGCUCAAGCGAACAUCAAGGAAGCAUCUCAAGUUUUGCAUUGGCGCUUUUCUACUAAGCGGCCCACAAAGCCCCUCUAUGACUAUCUGGAAGUCGAAAAGAACCCCGAUCGAACCGGCGUUCUAUCACCAUUGCUGUCCUCCAUUGCGCUGUUGCCUGCCUCUCGUCUCACCCUGAAACCACUGCUUGAACUCCUGUCUGGGUUUGAAAUGGAUCUCCAAUUUUCUACUGAAAAACAGGAAUUCCCAAUUGCGUCAGAAACAGAUUUGGAAUUGUACGCCCAUCGUGUCGCGGGCACCGUCGCGGCGUCUCUUCUUGAACUAGUUUUCAGCCACUAUGAAAUGGGCGAAAGAAAGUACGAUCGCGCUCAACAAGAGAGAAUCAUCCAAGCUGGUCAGCGCAUGGGUCAGGCUUUACAGUACGUUAACAUUGCCCGCGAUAUAAAGCGCGACGCAGCGAUCGGCCGUGUGUAUAUUCCUUCUUCAUGGCUCGCAGAGGAGAAACUCGCCCCGAGCGAUGUUCUGUCAAACUCGGAUGAUGCCCGUCUUGCCGUAUUCGAAGAUCGCAUGCUCUGCAAAGCGAAGAACGCCUAUGAAUUAAGCGUAGGUGCAAUUUAUGAGUUGCCCUACGAGGCGCGGGGCCCUAUCCGGACAACGGUUGAAAGCUAUAUGAUGAUUGGGGAAAUGGUUCGGAAAAGGCGGCGAGCGGGGAUCGAGGAGGAUGGAAAGUUGAAAGUGCCUCUGUGGCGUCGGCUAAGGCUCGCAUGGUGGGAGAUGUAUGUCAGUCAAUAA